GCUCCUUAUUGUGGCUAACUGCUAGCAGUAGCUAGUUAAGCUCAUAUAUGCAAGCAGGCAGGAUGGACAUCAGCGAUAGAAUGGAAGUGGAGGGCUGGGACUCCAACAUGGAGGAAGAGCUGGGCAUUUCCCUGGAUGAGCUGAAGAAGUGGAUUGAUGAUGCAGUGGAGAAGAGUGAGAUGGUGCAGAAGAAAAAGGCUCAGCUGACAGAGCUCAAGGAAUGGGUGGAACAGAAAGAAGAAGAGGAGGCGAGGACAGGAGGUCUCAUCAACGAUGUCAACAAGUCCCUAUUGGAGUGUGAGAAGCUCGUGAAGGCAACUUACUAUAAGAACGGUCUUGUUUACCAAGAGAGCAGCUCAGAAGAGGAGGAGGGGGGCGGAGGAGGCCUGCUGUCCUCUGAGGUCAUCGAGAUAGACGAUGAUGAUGACGAUGAUGUUAUUGCUGUUGGUUUUCUGGUUCCUCCAAAGCAGACUGGCACUCCUGGCAAAGACCCAGCGUUGAAUGAGGCCUCCACAGCUCUACAGAAAACAUCCCAGCAGGUACAGAAGUUAGUCCAAAUGGUCAGCAAGCCCUCACCAGGUACUCUAUUGCUUCGAUCUCCAUCACAUCCUCCAUCACAGUCAGGUAUUCAUGCUUCAGUGCCAGCCGUGUUUGUAUCCCAGGCUCAGUCUCAGUCCAUGACCCAGCCCAACCCAAACGUGACAGAAGAUGAGCUUAAAGUCGGGAUGAUGAUUUUGGGAAAGAAACGCACCAAGACCUGGCACAGAGGCGCCCUCGUUGCCAUCAGCCCCGUCGGGAACAGUAUAUUCAAGUAUAAAGUGAAGUUUGAUAAAGGAAAGAGUCUGCUGUCUGGAAAUCAUGUGGCUUUCGAGUAUAACCCCACCCUGGAGAUCCUUUAUGUCGGGGCUCGUGUUGUCGCCAAGUACAAGGACGGCAACCUGGUGUGGCUCUAUGCUGGAGUAGUAGCAGAGAUGCCCAACAACAAGAACCGUAUGAGGUUUUUGAUCUUCUUUGAUGAUGGCUAUGCUUCAUAUGUGACACUACCUGACCUCCACCCAGUUUGCAGACCAUUAAAGCGUACCUGGGAGGACAUCGAGGAUGCAUCGUGUCGCGACUUCAUUGAGGAGUACAUCACUGCAUAUCCCAGCAGGCCGAUGGUGCUCCUAAAGGUUGGGCAGAUCAUCAAGACAGAGUGGGAGGGAACCUGGUGGAAGAGCAAAGUGGAAGAGGUGGAUGGAAGCUUGGUCAAGAUCCUCUUUUUGGAUGACAAGAGGAGUGAGUGGAUUUAUAGAGGCUCGACCAGGCUGGAGCCAAUGUUCAACCUGAAGAUGACCACCGCCAACACCCAGGAGAAGAAGCUGGCUGGCCAGCAGAGGACACGCCCUAACAUGGGGGUUAUGAGGAGUAAAGGUCCAGUAGUUCAGUUUACCAGCGAUGGACAUGUUGGAGCCUCUCCCGCCAAAACGCAGCAGCAAGGCUCACCCAGCCAGCCGUCACAGACACCACAACUACAGCGUCCUCCGCCCCCACAGAUGCAAAUUCAGCAAACCCAACAGAUUCAACUGAUUCAACAAAUCCAACAGCCCCAACAGAUUCAACAAAUCCAACAGCCCCAACAGAACCAACUGAACCAGCAGAUCCAGCAAAUCCAACAGAUCCAGCAGAUCCAGCAAAUCCAGCAGACGGUUCCGCCUCCACAGCCUCCACGUUUUGACAAUAAACAUCAGAUGGCAAAGAAGAGUACUUCUCCAUUUGUCCCAGGGGUGGGAGGCACUCACGCCUCGAAAAUCAUGAUGCAGUCUCUUUCUCCCAUUCCCAGCGACCUCACUAGUGCAAGAAUGUUGAGUGUCGAAAGUAUUGCUUCACCUGCUUUCACACAGUCGUAUCCGGGACUGCCCGCUCUGGCUGCCGCAACCCCUCCUGUGACCCACACCAUGGCCACCGUCCCACAUCAGCCCUCAUACCGAGCCCCCACGGACCGCAUCUUCUACCUCGCACACACCUGUCAGCCAGCGUGUCUGAAUCGUGUCCGACCUGCAAGGUCAGACAUGCACCAAGGAAAGAAUCCCCUCCUCACACCUCUACUGUACGAUUUCAGACGCAUGACAGGACGACGAAAAGUCAACCGCAAGAUGUCCUUCCACGUGAUCUACAAGGCUCCGUGUGGGCUUUGCCUGCGCAACAUGGCAGAGAUCCAGCACUACCUCUUCCAGACACGCUGUGACUUUAUAUACUUGGAGAUGUUCUGUCUCGACCCCUACGUGCUCGUGGACCGGCCAUUUCAGCCGCUGAGGCCGUUCUAUUACAUUCCCGACAUCACAAAUGGAAGAGAGGACAUCCCACUCUCCUGCGUCAACGAGAUUGAUUCCACCCCGCCUCCUAAAGUAGCUUACAGUAAAGAGCGUAUCCCUGAGGAUGGAGUAUACAUCAACACCAGUUCAGACUUCCUGGUUGGAUGCGAUUGCACCGACGGCUGUCGCGACAAGUCCAAAUGCUCUUGCCACCAGCUGACCUUUCAGGCCACCGGUUGUACACCAGGGUUACAGAUCAACACAAAUGCUGGUUUUACACACAAACGAUUAGAGGAGUGCCUCCCAACAGGGAUGUACGAGUGUAACAAGCGGUGCAAAUGCUGCAGUCAGCUGUGCACCAACCGGUUGGUGCAACAUGGCCUGCAGGUGCGCCUCCAGCUCUUCAAGACCCAGAACAAAGGCUGGGGCAUCCGCUGUCUGGACGACGUGGCCAAGGGCUCUUUUGUCUGCAUCUAUGCUGGUAAAAUCUUGACCGAUGACUUUGCCGACAGGGAAGGUCUAGAGAUGGGCGACGAGUAUUUUGCCAAUCUGGACCACAUAGAGAGUGUGGAGAACUUCAAAGAGGGCUAUGAGAGCGAGGCUCACUGCUCAGACAGCGAGGGGAGCGGCGUGGACGUGUCCAGAAUAAAAAUCCAGCCAUCUGCUUUAGUCUCAGCUCACCCUGGUGGGAGACCGACCAAAAAGUCUGAGUCCAAGUCCAAAGCCCAAAACGCAAGCUCGUCAGGGGAAAGCAACAAAGACGAUGACAAGGAUUCAAAGAGCGAAGAGCAAAGUGACGGCUCCGAUGACACGUUUGUGAAGGAGAACUAUUUCAGCUCCAGCUCCGUGUGGAGGAGUUACACCACGCGGGGUCAGGUCAAGGGCAACAAGGACGGGAGUCAAGACAGUAAAGAUCGAUUGAGCGCGUCGGCCAGAGGAACUCAUGACGACAAGCCGCCGUCCAUGCCAGAGGAGACGGGCAAAAGCAAAGUGGCUUCCUGGCUCACGAGCCAGGGCCUGAAGAAGGACUCUGGAGACGGCAAGAGUCAAGUGAAGUCCGAACCGGCCAAGAAGCAGGACGUGAUGACUCUCUCGGACAGUGAUGAGGUUCAGACCAUCAGCUCUGGAUCUGACGACAAGGAGAGAGAAAAGGUUACGCUGGGUGUGACGAAGAAGCAGGUAGCAGUGAAAUCGACGCGUGGCAUCGCUCUCAAGAGCGGCCACGGGAUGAUGGUGAAAACGGGUCCGCCGGGAGGUCAGACGGGGAAAAGAGGACAGCAGGGUCAGACCGGAGGAGGUGGAGACAGCACUCACAAAAACACCCGCCUGUUCUUUGACGGUGAAGAGUCCUGCUACAUCAUCGACGCCAAGCUGGAAGGAAACCUGGGCCGUUACCUCAAUCACAGCUGUAGUCCCAACCUUUUCGUCCAGAAUGUGUUUGUGGACACACACGACUUGAGGUUUCCCUGGGUGGCGUUCUUUGCCAGCAAGCGGAUCCGGGCCGGCACAGAGCUGACCUGGGACUACAACUACGAGGUGGGCAGCGUGGAGGGGAAGGUGCUGCUCUGCUGCUGCGGCUCCACCGAGUGCAGAGGAAGACUGCUGUGAUCUUCACCGCCUUGACUGUAUCUGUAGGAGACUCCGAGGAUCCCGCUGUUACCCUGCUUAUUUUUAAGUUGAACAUUGUCUUUUAUUAUAGUUGUUGUGUUGCUUUUAUUUUAUAUUACUGUUUCCUGAUUCAUCUCAUUUUAUCCAUGAUGUUUUUCUUUACAUUUGAAUAAAAUGCCCUUUUCUCCAAGGAGUCAGAGCUCCCA